AUGACUAAAGAUGAAUCAGCUGCUAUCACGCUUUAUUCAAUGGGAUGGGAACCACUCGAUCAAUGUCUACAUGUUGCCUUGAAUGUAGCUUUGCGUUCAUCAGAUAGACGACAUCUCAAGCCGUGGCUUCUCUUUCUCAAACUCCUUCUAACUGCACUCUCUCGUCUUCCAUCCGUUCUCCAUCGUACUGUUUUUCGAGGAGUUAAAUUGGAUUUGCAUGAACACUACAAGCAAGGAAAAGAAAUAAUAUGGUGGGGCUUCUCAUCAUGUACUACCUCAAUUCAGGAUUUAGAAGUUGAACAAGCUUUGGGUAAAACGGGUUCAAGAACAAUAUUCUCCAUCGAAUGUAGUUCAGGAAAAGAUAUUCAAGAACAUUCUUUUUAUUCAGGAGUUGAUGAAAUACUUUUUCUACCUGGAACUCUAUUUCAAGUUGUCGCUUGUCUUAAUCCUGCUCCUGAUCUACAUUUGAUUCAUCUCAAAGAAAUAGAACCACAAUUUCCACUUUUAAGUCGAAUUACUUCUGCCAUUUCACAAAAAUCAACGAUGGUUCGUAAGCGAGGAGGCACUGAAAUAUGUUAUUCAAAACCAACACAAACCGAAAUAAUUGCUGGUGCGCGUCCUUUUGAAGUUAUUGAAAUGGACAUAAAUUUUCCCAAAGACGAAUCGGAUACAAAAUCGGCCAACUAA